ACAUUAUACUUUUACCACCAUCCUCAGGAAGACAUGAUUCAUGUGUUCAAGUAUCUUUGGAUUAACUUUAAGGAGUGACUCGAAAUAUCCAACGGCUUUAAAGUAAUAAGAGAUAUGUGCAUCUUAAGGAUGACAGCAGUCUUUCUGUACCUUUCCUUUUGUCUUCCGACAGAAAAUGGUCUAUCAGUCUUCUUCUUCUCAUCCGUCCGCCAUUAAAUGUUGUCUGUCCCUUUCUUUCUUUUUUUCACAGCACAGGUGUCCCCUUUCUCCAACUCUCCCUCUCUUUAGAAUUCUCCCUUUCACACACCCUCUUCUUGGUUGGGCGUUGAAAUUUGGAAGAGCAAAGCUGAAGUAAGCUACAGUGACUUGCUGAAUUUUGUCUAGCUGAUAUCUCAGUGUAUACUAGAGUGGAUGACUUAAAUUUUGGAGAAACCAACGGGUGUUUUUGUGGUACAAAAUGUCUGGAGAUAAGCGGGCGAGUGGAUAUGUUAUAUCUGCUCCAGUCGUUCAUAAUAAUGCAAUGGGACUUCUCAAUGAUCAGAAAAGCGUUAUUGUCGAGGCUGUUAAUGCAGAAAAACAGUUGUGGCAGUUGAUUCAUUCCAAGGGUCCAAUGAACACUGAUGUUCAAGAGUUAUACCGCAAAGCUCGUUCAAGUUACGAGGAAAUCAUUGUGAAUGACCAUGAGUUAGCAGAACUUCAAGAUAUCGAAUAUUCCUUGUGGAAGCUUCAUUAUAAACACAUUGAUGAAUUUCGCAAUAGAAUAAGGAAAGCUUCUGUCCAAAGGAAAGGUGCAAACUUGGAGAAUGAGACUCUCCUUGAAGGACUGAAAUCCUUUGUGUCAGAAGCUACUGAUUUUUACCAAAAUUUGAUUGCAAAAAUCAGAAGAAGCUAUGGACUUCCGAAGGAUGUCUCGGUCAGCAGUGGCAUUGGUAUUUCUAGGUCCAUAGAAUCAGCGGACAUGGGAAGAUGCCAGUUUUCUUGCCACCGUUCUUUAGUUUUCCUUGGAGAUCUUGCUCGAUACAGGGAGCUAUAUGGAAAUCCUGAUGCUCAAGAUCGGAAGUGGUCAACUGCUGCCAGACACUACUUAGAUGCAUCACUGAUUUGGCCAGAUAGUGGCAACCCACAAAAUCAGUUGGCUGUUUUGGCAACAUAUCUUGGCGAUGAAUUCCUAGCUUUAUACCAUUGCACAAGAAGUCUCGCUGUUAAAGAACCUUUCCCUGAUGCUUGGAAUAACCUCAUUUUGCUUUUUGAGAAGAAUAGGUCAUAUGGGCUUUCUGACAAGGCCAUUUUCGAUUUUUCCAAACCAUCUAAAAGGAGCACAAUUCAAAAUACCACUGUAGAUGAUGUCUUGACUGAGCAGUUUGGUAUUUGGCCUCUCAUGGUUCGGGUGAUGGGCUUCUUCUAUGUCAAAUCAAGUUUGGAGGAGUUCCCUGGCAUAUUUGGUUCGUCCAUAAGCCAAUUGGAGACCUUAUUCUCUCUUGAUGAUGUCCAUGUGAAAACUUUUCUAGAGUCAUAUCAGUUGUUGGAUGGAGCAAGAAAAGGUCCUUUCCGAGGGUUACAACUUGUUUGUGUACUCAUUUUUACUGUUCAGACCCUACUUGAAUCAAAAAGCCAAAAGUCUAGCCAUGCUAAGUACAAGCUGCAACCUGCCUUGAUUCAGCGAGCAUUAGCUUCUGCUUACAUCAUUAUGGGUCGGAUAGUUGAAAGAUGUGUGAUGGGUAAUCCUCUAGAUCAUAGUUAUCUUUUACCAUCUAUAUUAGUAUUUGUUGAAUGGUUGGUAGAAUUUCUGGACAAACCGGAAAGCAGCGAGGCUGAUGAAAUACGUAUAAAUGCAGCAAGUUACUUCUUUGGGGUUUUUGUGAACUUUUUGAAUCAGUUAGAAAAUAUGGGUUGUGAAUUCAAGUCUCACGAUUUUGCAGCCCUUUGGGAAGAUCACGAGUUACGAGGGUUUUUACCUGUCAGUCAAUCCCAUGAAUGUUUAGAUUUUUCAACUGACAGAGAGUCGAGAAGAGAAUACGGUGACAAUCAUGAAUGUGAAGUUCGCAUAUCUCGCAUCCUUCUUGCUUCUAUGAAGAUUGUUAACAAACCAAGUGGAUCACAGAGCUUGAUCUUUUAUGAGAAAAUGGGAAGAAAAAUUUACGCUGCUGAGGCAAAGGAACUACAGUGCAAGAGAGACUUAGAAGCAAUUGAAGGGGUUUCUGAUUCCGUAGGAAGAGACUUGUUGCAUAACUCUCCACAAAAUAUUCAGUCACCAUGUGAACCAACAAAAGAAAGUGAAGUGAAAAGUAAGGAGGCUAUUAAAUAUAACCUUGAUGUGGAUAGAACAUCCACUCAUGUAGAGGAGGAAGAAGUCAUUCUCUUUAAGCCAAUUGUGAGAUAUAACUUGCACCACUUCAAAAUCUUCUUGCUACAACUGAAAAAGUAG